ACAAGGUACUGAGUACAAUGUAUCCUUACAAACCACUUGCAAAGGUUACAAAAGUGAGCCUGUCCAACUGAGUUUAAAAACUGUCCCAGCUAAGGUAGAGAACAUUAAAGUUAGCUCAGAUGAGCCUGGAAUUCUCUCAGUGGGCUGGGACGAAGCGCCUGGUCGAAAAGAUCACUAUGUGCUUUCUCUCUGUCCGGGAGCUAUGGCAGCUCCCAUUCAAAGAAUACAAGUACAACCAAGAGUUGGCCAGCGUUCCGUCGCACCCCGGUGGAUAAAGGACGAUCUAGUACCCCUUGCCAGGUACGUAGUUACCGUUACUACAUUCAGCGGAGAUAAGACGAGCGAAGAAUGUAGAAAUGCUCAGGUAAUCAAACCACAUCCUCCACAAAUAACGGUUAAUGAUGAAGACAUCACCAGCAACAGCAUUCAUCUCAGUUGGAGUGUGAGCGAAGGCAGCCCAGGGGAAACUUGGUACAAAUUCGAUGAAGUACCUGAAGCUCGAGUAAAGAACUACAUCGUAAGCAUUUCUCCUAAGCACGCAAUGCCAUCAACUGUGAUCAAAACUUCAGAUGAAAUUCAGGAUUGUCCGGCACAUACGUUCACGAAUCUGCAGCCUGGUACCGAGUACACUCUAACAGUAUAUGUGCAAUAUAUCGAUAGAUCUAGUGAGGUGGUCAUGACAGCCGAGUCUGAGUGUAAGUCGUGGACACUCCCUGAGAAACCGGGGCCUCUUCAAAUUGAAGAGCCCUCUCCAACCACCGUCAAAGUCUCUUGGUCACCCUCUAACGGCAGGGUUGACCACUAUCUGAUUGAAAUGAAGUCAGAGAGUAUGACGUCAAAAGGAAUCCUCAAAAAGCUGGAAACAAAGGGGACCACCUGUACCUUUCAUGACGUAGACCCUUUCGUCACUUACGUCAUCUCUGUGCAAGCUAUCAGAGGACUACGCAAGAGCGAGGCAGCUUUUGCUGAAAAACGGCCCGUGUAUGAGGAACAACAAGGUCCUCUCGUAUUCAUCUCUCAUGCCGGCGAGGACAAGGAGGCGUUCGUUGAACCACUUCUGGCCGCUUUGUUCGAAGAGGGCCUGUCUGAGGGCGACAUUUUCUUCGACAAAUUCUCCAUUUUCACAGGAGAUACCAUACGCCACGAAAUCGUCUCAGCGAUAUCCAACAAAACAUUAAAGCUCUUUGUGCUCGUUGUAAGCAAAAACUUCUUCGGUAAGAAUAAAUACUGGCCCCGACUCGAGUAUGAGCUAUCAUUGAAAGAAAACAUCCCGCUCUAUCCUAUCUGGCUUGAUGAAAAUGAUGAUAACUUUAAAAACUUUAGUUCCUUUGUCGGAGAGAAAUCGUCCCUACUGAAAGGAAAACGGGCGACUUGCGUCGGUUACACUGAAAAUGCAGACGACGUGAAGAAAGCUGCCAGAGAAAUCGCGUUCAAGGUUUCCCCCUGGUUGAAACCGCGGACGUCGACAACUACAGCAGGGUCCGAGCCCUUUGUUGGAACAUUAGACAGAUAUAGAGGGCCAACUGCACGGGUACCAGGCGCGGCUACGGUUCCAGUGACCACGACACAUCCGACGGAAGGGCCAGUUGAUGACGAUAUUCCAGAGCGAGGAGAUAGUAAACACUCGUGCGAACACCGCCACAAUGAAGACGUGCCUCAGAGCCACAAACAUGGAGAAGGAACGCCAGGUCAGGCUCAAGGGGACGACGAUGUUACGAGACUGAACAAGCAGACGCAAGACAUGGAACAGAGUGGAUGGGAGGUCGUGACUCUCAUGACAAACAAGAAGACAGGAGAGAAGAGAACAAUUGCAAGUCUAGCAUGCAAGUCUUUUCUUGAAAGCAACCCCGACAUGGCUGCUCGGUUCCAACAGUUUGUGAUGACAAAUCAAAGUGAAUCACUAGACAGUGAUGGUAGUCAUACUGGAUAGUAUGGAGGAAUCAGCACCGGGCUUUUAUGAGACUCUUGAUUCAAAUGUUACCCAAAUGUUUUUGGAAACUAUCAGACCGUCAGACGUUUUCCUGUAUUUUGACAGUGACUGGAGUUUUAUCAUUAUCUUGAUGUUUAACCUUCUUCGAUGUUUCAUUAAACACGUGCUCCUUGCAUUUGUGUACAUUAUAGUUUACUGAUUAUAGAACAUAUAGACUGGAGUAUUCAUUAAUUUGAGCAAUUUUGCACCAAACGCCUAGACUACAUGUAAUAUUGUUAACUUCCAGGCUCAACCCAGGGCCAUCGAACAUGGCGGAUAAUACUUACGUCACAGUUACGUGAGUGUAAAUAACUAAUAAGGUUUAUUUAUUUAGAACACCAUGAUAUUGCUGCAGAAGCCUACAUGACAACCAAACUGAAUACUUUACUUAUGAUCUUUUGUGAACAAAACUAUUCAUAAACCAUCCUCGUACAAUAUUCAGUAUCAAGUUCAAUUCUAGACAAAGACUGAUACUAUUAAGACCGUGCAAAUGAUUAUUUGCUAGACAACAUUUGAGGCAUUCACCAAA